AGAGAGAGAGAGAAGGAGAGAGCGUGCGUACGCACGGGGAGAGAUAGCAAGAGAGUAAGUAACGGAGUGAGUGAGUGAGUUAGAGAGAGCGACAAUACAGAGACGGAGAGAGACAGCAAAAGAGAGAGAGAGAAGGAGAGAGAGAGAGAGAGAGCACUGAAGCGGUGCCGAGGCAAUCCGUCCGCUAGUGACAGACCGGAGCCAUGGUCUGCGUCCCCGCACACUCCGCCUGCGCUCUCCCCUCCGCCACCACCGUCCUCCUCCUCCUCCGCUCCCUGCUCCGCGUCCCUGCUCUCCGACCGGGCUGCUCGCUGGAGCUCUCCCUCUCCGCCUCCGUCUCCGUCUCCGUCUCCGUCUCCCCCGCCGCUGGGCUGUAGGGCUGUAGGGCGAUGCUACUGGUGUUGGGGGCACGCUUGGAAGCCUGAGCUCGCUAGCACUGAUCGCAGGUCACCAUGUGGUGUUUGCACUGCACCUCGGAGAAGACCCAGUCUCUACUGGAGCUGGAGCCCGACAGCUGUGUGGAGGGCGAUGUCCAGGGCAGUGAGCCCGGCUCGUCUCUGGACGGCGCCAACUACAGCCAGGGUCCAGUGACCCGCAGCUCGUCCAUCAGCCCGGACCAGUUCGACGGGGCCGUGUACGGCCACCCGGUGCAGCCGGGUCCUCAGAGGCCUCGCCGGCCCAAGCUGCAGCACUCGCAGUCCAUCCUGCGCAAACAGGCCGAGGAGGAGGCCAUCAAGCGCUCGCGCUCGCUCUCCGAGAGCUAUGAGCUCUCCACCGACCUCCAGGACAAACAGGUAGAGAUGCUAGAACGCAAAUAUGGAGGACGGUUCAUAACACGGCAUGCAGCGCGCACCAUCCAAACGGCGUUCCGUCAGUAUCAGAUGAACAAAAACUUUGAGCGCCUGAGGAGUUCCAUGUCGGAGAACCGCAUGUCACGGAGGAUCGUGCUGUCCAAUAUGAGAAUGCAGUUUUCCUUUGAAGGACCCGAGAAAGUUCACAGCUCCUACUUCGAGGGCAAGCAGGUGUCGCUGACGGACGACGGCGGUCCGCUGGGAGCCAUGGUGGAGGAGUGCGGCGAGAUGGAGGACUCCGGGAACAUGGCGUCCCCGGCCGCCCAGAGUGACCUGACGGACGCCAUCACCGAGCUGGAGGACGCCUUCUCCCGGCAGGUGAAGUCGCUGGCCGAGUCCAUCGACGACGCGCUCAACUGCCGCAGCCUCCACGGCGACGAGGGCCCCUCGGAGCAGGCGAUGAUGGGCCGCCAGGAGGUGGAGCCGGAGAUCGUCUACCAGAUCCGGCCGGCGCACGCGGCCGCGCACCGGCACAAGCUGGACGACAUGAUGGCCUCCUACAGCGACGUGACGCUCUUCAUCGACGAGGAGGAGCUCUCGCCGCCCAUCCAGCUGGCGCGCUCCUCGCUGGACCAGCCGUCCAGCACCGAGUCGGACCAGCGCGGCGGCGGCCAGUCGGUCAGCUCCUCGCAGGACUACUGGCCGCUCGACCCCAAGGACACGGACAAGGACACGGACACCAGCUGCCGGAGCACGCCGUCGGUGGAGUGCCAGGAUCAGACGCCGCCGCCGCCGCUGCCUCAGCAGAGACUCCGCGUUGACCACCUGCCGCUGCUGACCAUCGAGCCGCCCAGCGACAGCUCGGUGGAGCUCAGCGACCGCUCCGAGCGCAGCUCCGUCAAGCGGCAGGCGGUGUUCGAGCGCGCGGUGGUGGGCCCGCCGCAGGCCAGCCCCAAGCACAUCUCGCACGGACUCCCUCCCCGCGGGCCCGUCCCGUCGCGCGGUAGCGGGGGCCCCGGCGGCGACGACGACCACCACCCCCCCAUCCGGCACCGGCACCGGCAGCUGGAGAGCCACCUGGCCAUCAACGGCAACCGGCAGAGCAAGUCGGAGUCGGACUUCUCGGACGGCGACAACGACAGCAUCAACAGCACGUCCAACUCCAACGACACCAUCAACUGCAGCUCGGAGUCGUCGUCGCGCGACAGCCUCCGCGAGCAGACGCUCAGCAAGCAGACGUACCACAAGGAGACGCGCAACAGCUGGGACUCGCCCGCCUUCAGCAACGACGUCAUCCGCAAGCGCUACUACCGCAUCGGACUCAACCUCUUCAACAAAAAGCCCGAGAAAGGUAUUCAGUACCUGACGGAGAGGGGGUUCGUCCCCGACACCCCUGUGGGAGUGGCUCACUUCCUGCUUCAGAGGAAAGGUCUGAGUCGACAGAUGAUUGGCGAGUUUCUGGGUAAUCGACAGAAGCAGUUCAACAGGGAUGUGCUGGACUGUGUGGUGGACGAGAUGGACUUCUCAGGGAUGGAGCUGGACGAAGCCCUCAGGAAAUUCCAGGCCCACAUCCGGGUGCAGGGGGAAGCACAGAAGGUUGAGCGCAUGAUAGAGGCUUUCAGCCAGCGCUACUGCAUAUGUAACCCCGGGGUCGUGCGUCAGUUCCGAAAUCCGGACACCAUCUUCAUCCUGGCAUUUGCCAUCAUCCUCCUCAACACGGACAUGUACAGUCCCAACGUGAAGCCGGAGAGGAAGAUGAAGCUGGAGGACUUCAUCAAGAACCUCCGCGGUGAGCGGGAUGAUGGAGAGGACAUCCCCCGUGAGACGCUGGUGGGGAUUUACGAGCGCAUCCGCAAGCGCGAGCUCAAGACCAGCGAGGACCACGUCUCCCAGGUGCAGAAGGUGGAGAAGCUCAUCGUGGGCAAGAAGCCGAUUGGAUCUCUUCACCAUGGACUGGGCUGUGUGCUGUCCCUGCCCCACCGCAGACUGGUGUGUUACUGCAGGCUGUUUGAAGUGCCAGACCCCAACAAGCCACAGAAACUAGGCGUUCACCAGCGGGAGAUCUUCCUGUUCAACGACCUCCUGGUGGUGACGAAGAUCUUCCAGAAGAAAAAGAACUCCGUUACGUACAGCUUCAGGCAGUCCUUCUCUCUGUAUGGGAUGCAAGUCACUCUCUUUGAAAAUCAGCAUUACCCAAAUGGCAUCCGGCUCACGUCGGCCAUUCCAGGUGCUGACAUCAAAGUCCUCAUCAGCUUCAACGCUCCGAACCCUCAGGACCGCAAGAAGUUCACAGACGACCUUCGCGAGUCCAUCGCCGAGGUGCAGGAGAUGGAAAAAUGCAGGAUAGAGUGUAACUGGGAGAAGCAGAAGGGCGUGGUGCGGCCCAGCAUGUCCCAGAGCAUGUCGGGCCUGAAGAAGGAGGCGGGCAACGGCAGCAUGAGCCGCGCCAGCCUGGACGACACCUACGCCAUGGGCGAGGGCCUCAAGAGGAGCGCGCUCAGUAGCUCGCUACGAGACCUCUCCGAAGCAGGCAAGCGCGGGCGCCGCAGCAGUGCAGGAUCACUAGACAGCAAUAUGGAAGGGUCCACCAUUAGCAGCCCGCACAUCCGCCGGAGAGUCACCACCCACGAGUGCUCGUCCCGCGGGCACCCGCCCGUCCCCAACUCCUCCUCCCUCCUGGGGUCGCUCUUCGGCAGCCGGCGGGGCAAGUCCUCCUCCUCUUCCUCCUCACAGGGCCACCCUCCCCCACCGCCCUCGUCCCACCCGACCCUGAUCGCCCACACGCCCCACCCGGCCAACCUGCACCACACGGCGCAGGCGGAGGGGCACGGCUCGCACCACCAACACCACCAACAACACCACAGCCACAACAGGGGGGAGCAGAACCCUCCGCCCUACCACCACCACCACCACUACCACCCCCCUUCGUCUUCCUCCCACAGCCGCCGGGAGCGGGAGGCCCCGCCGUCCUCCUCGUCACACUCGCACCUCUUCCACCAGCAGUCGUCUCACGCUUCGCACUCCUCCUCCUCGUCCCACGCUCCCCCCCCCUCGCAGUACCCGGGCUACGGCUCGCACGCGCACACACACUCGCACUCGCACGGGCACGGGCACUCCUCGCACGGGCACGGUCACUCGGGCCACGGGCAGUCGCACACGUCGCACGCGUCGCACUCCUCGCAUUCCCAGCACGCGCCGUCCACGUCCUCGUCAUCGCACCACCACCACCAUCACCUCCACAGCCAGCAGGGGGCGCCUGCGGGCCCGGGGCCCAGCAACUCCAAAUCCAAACACAGCGGCAUCAGCACUGUGGUCUGACAGCCUGGUGCUGCAGCUGAGGAUGGCGUCGAGCGUCGAGUGUCGUGUGUCGUGCGUCAGGCGUCAGGCGUCAGGUGGACAUGUCAGACAGACAAGACGGACAGUGACAGUGAGUGACCGGGCCGCUGUGAGCAGCAGCUGUGGUGCAGUUGCUCUCCCUGUUCAGCAGGGGGAGCUCUAACCAGCUGUAUAAUGUGCAGGUUUCCAAAAAAAGCAAAAACGAAAAAAAGCAAAGAAAGACUCCUACUACUACUACUACUCCGACUCUUACCUGACUGGCCUCAUUUCUCCAAAAGGAUGCUCCCUCUGCCGGCUCUUGUGUUAUCAUUGUUGGAUUUCUUCAGUUUUGUUCUCUUGUCCCCUGUCUCAGCGGCCUGCAUUACCCAGCCCCUUUCUUCAGCCAAAGCUAAUAUCUGCUCCCCCAACAGCAUUGCGUUUUCACAUAUCCAUUCGACUAGUACUCAUUCAUCUUCCCUUCA